UCCGGAAGAGGAACGAGCGGCUGAGGCGCUGAUUCGUUACUAUGGAGUUAAAGAAAUCCUAUUACCGCCUCGAAAACUCGGGGAGAGAAUGCCGUCGUUUUUAAUGGAAUUCUAUAAUAGCCUUGUGAGUGAGAUGGCGCAUGCUUUGUCAGCGGAAGCAAUCGAGAAGGGAAAUGUCUCUGCGUUGAGCGAACAAAAUCUCAAGAAUUCUCCUCCCGAGCGGUCAGUAUGGCUGACGAGGAGACCCGAAGAGAUUGGACACAUGCUCGCUUGCUACAUAGAGGCUCUGCGCGAAGAAGCUCAUUUCUGCGAAAGGAUGAAAGAUCCCGUGAAGGAACUGUUUGACAGUCUCGAGAGGAAAUCGAUCCCAGAGCCCGACCCUGCCCGACCGGCCAAGAAAGUCUGCAUUAUUUUCCACGGCGCGCCGUUCACCGAAUAUCAAGAGGCCGCAUGCAGAAGCGCCAGGGUACUGGGAGUGCCUUUGCUGUGCAUAGACAACGUUAUGAUUGAGGGAAUCGCACUCGGCGACGACCAGUUCUCCGUCGAGUCGCGACGGAUCAUCGACGACGUGUAUCGAGAAUGCCUGUCAGAGCUGGAGAAAUACAAGUAAUCACACGAGAAAUUAACACGUUCGCGCCAUCGGCCCCAAAUAGCACAAGGCAUCGCAGAACUAUUCCAGACACAUUGAAAAUUCCUGGAGAGUGCCUCAGGACGUUCUAAGUAUAGACAUCCUGGAUGAUGUCAGGACGUGUUAUGUUGUAAUAUAUGAAGUGUGACGCAACGAUCUCUCACGAGAGAUCGGGGUCACGUUCGUGUUGCGACGAUUCUUUCUUUUCUACCUUCUGCUCCCCAUAUCCUUUUCGCGAAUCGAGAAUUAU